UGAAGGGCCUUAAAAAGGAUUCGCUUGCACAAAAACAACAAUAAAUAAGACGAGAAAGGAAGAGAAAGAGUUGGUAGUGAAAAAAUCUAAAAAAAAUAAUCUGAUAGCAGUUCCAAGCAUCUGAAGCAGCAGGCGGCCAGCAACAACACUGACCACAAAAAAAAACCAAACCGCAUUGGUCCUGCCAAAGGAGGCCUUAGAAAAAUUACAAUUUUCGCAAUAAUUCGGAGUGUUAAACACGUCGUGGUUGUCGUCGGUUACGCUCGAUCUAGUCCUUGGUCGCCAGCCUAGUCCAAGUAGCGGUCGCUCGAAACCGUCAUCGAUAUUACUCAUUGCGGUCGUGUUCGUGGUCGUCGUCUUUAUCGGAUAUUGGAUAUCGGAAAUUGGAACGCCAAAUCGUAUCGAAUUUGAUUGUCUAAGUGUGAGUGUGUGUGUACGGGUGCGCGUGUGUCUGUGUGUCUCUCUUUCAUUUCAAAUGUUGUUGUCUGCUGGUAGCCACUGCAAACCGUAGCCGAAUGCGAAUCCAAAUUACAUGCAAAAUAAAUGGGUACAAUGAGGCCAAAUAAAUACGAUGUUACCACAGCUUACGGUCUAUGCCAAGAUUAUUUACCUCCUGAUGGUGGUGAUUUCGGGUGCAUUAUGUACAGUAGAAGAUUAUGUAAUAAUGUCACAGUGUGCACACAACAAAGCCAUAUAUUUAGCCGCCGAAGGAACAGUCUCAGUGACAGAUAUCUCACAAACACAAAAUAUAACAAUAGUCGGCCGCCCGGAUUUUGUGAACGAAGAUUUCAAAAUAGCCCUGUACGCAAAGGAAACACAAAGGUACCUGUGUUUCAACGAUCAUUGGAAACUAGUUGGAAUGAAAGAACUCCAAGAUACCUGCUAUUUCAACGAAGCCAUUGUCCACGGUUAUUUCGUUUUCAGCUCCGUUGUCGAUCGGCGGCGACGCAUCGGCUUCACGCAACGCGGUAGAGCUGUCGGUCCCAAGAAGGUCGUCAACGAUGCCUGUUACAUGUUCACCAAAAUACCAACUGAUCAGUUUUUCCAUCAGCACAAUCAGUUUUUCCAACAACAGCAACGCGUUCGGGCCACCACCGCUCGGGCGCCACAGUCCGAGGAACACCUGGGCAGUGGCAUGGGCCGUGGCAGCGGCAGCGGCAGUGGCCGGCCAAAUCGCCACCGGAAUCAGCAUCGUAACGAGGAUUCCUCAAAUCGCCAGCAGCAACAUGGCAAAAAAUCCAAGCUGCACAGUAGCGGAGCGGGUCAGGGUACGCGCAAGCGGCAGCAUCAACAGCAGCGUCUGCAACAGAUGCGUGGCGGCGGAGAUUCCAAAAAUAGCACUUACUUAAGUAGUUCUAGGCAACACAAUGUAGAAUUAGGCCAAUAUGGCGCCCAUAAUAAUCAUAGCGGUAAACAUCAUAACCACUCUCAACCUCAGUAUAGUCAUCACCAUGCGGCUAGGCAUCAUCACAGCAGCAGCAGCAACGAUUCGCGUAGGCAUCAUCAUUAUGAGCAGAAGCAAAAGUCAAGAGCGCAUCACAAUCGCAUGCGUACUAGUCCCUCUACAGCAGCAGCAACAACAACAACAUCGACAACAUCGACAACCCUGAUGUCCACCAUGCCAAGCAAGUCCUCAAUGGCGCCCAACAGCACAACCCGGACAACCACCAUUGCUUCCACUUCCCUGGCUGAUGUACCCCCAGUGCCCUCGGAGCAGGGAACUUUCCCGACAAGCUCUACAAGCACUACCACAACAACAAUGGCAAGCCAUCACGACAGUCUGAGCACUUCCAUGGGUCACAAACACAAGGGCCGAAGAAGAAAAGCCCAUCGCAAGCAUGGCCUCCACAAAUCCCAAACCCAAAGCCAGGGAAGCAAUACCCAACAUGACAUCUCGCCGGAAUCUUCAGCCGCUACCGAGGAGACCGCCGAGGAAGAUGAGGAUCUAACCACAGAUUUCAGCACUUGGCCACAGUUGGAGCUAACCUCGGCCCAGGAUUUUCCAGGUUCUGUGAAACCCACAUCGGCCAGCCUACCCAGCUGGGAGACCUGGUAUCCCUCAUCAGUCUCGACGGCAACUUUCGAGCAGGAAAGCUCCUCCGAUUAUGCAUUUAGUUCGAUAAGUUCCAAGGAGCCCAAAGAGGAGGGUUACAAAAAGCUGGGCGUUUCCGUCUCAUCUCCAUUGCCUUUAAAUUAUGACAUAAGUCCAGGGACAAUGUCACUGCCAUAUCCAGCACCAACAACCACAACAGCAGCCUUUCCUGCCAGCUCCUUGGUCAGGCAGGAAGAUCCUCCAAAAUCAAAUGAUUUGCUCCCACAAAAUACCUCAAAACAGACGGAAGCCAAGGAGCAGCAACAGCGUCUGGAGGAUGAAAUGAACAAUGAAUUCAAACUGCAUUUGGCCGGCAACACAAGCAGCAGCAGUCUUAACCAAAGCGAAGAGCAGGAUUCCAGCAGUGAGGAAGUGGAGGAGACUUCUGCCCCGGAUGACAAUGAAGAUGAGGCCAUUGCCAGCACAAUGGCCAGCAAACUAAGUGAUGUGCCCGAGCUAACGGUAACUUCAACGAAUAAUUUGAUGACUGAUUAUAUUUAUGCCACAAGGACUGUACCCCUUACCGGGAAUCACAAAGUAAGCAGACAUAGGCACUCACAUGAACCGGCAAGGCAUCCCCAUAAUGCCAUGCAACAUCACAAGGAUAAGUUGGCACUACAGCAAAAGAUACGCCUCGAAAAUGGUCUAAUUACCACACCAAACACAAGCACGACAACAACCACAACAGCCAGCUCUUUUGCCGCCAACCCCUCAACAAGUCAGGCCACAUUGGGCGCCAACUCAAAGCAUGUUCCACAAAGCCUUAAUACUUUUAGCGAUUUGGAAUCAUCUCUGCCGGAGAUAACAGCCAAUACUUUAAGCUCAACCACUACUAGAUUAAUAACAGCCAUGCCAACCUUAGCCACAGCCAUGAGCCCCAGCAGCAGCAGCAGCACUCCCAGCUCCAGCACCAUCACCUCGCCCAGUCAAACCACAACCCGUAAAACGUUACGCAAAUCCACACAAAAACUGCUGGCCACACCAUUUCAUCAGCUAACCUAUGUACGCAAUGAGGCCGGCGAAAUUGAUAUCGAUAGUUUGGAUAACAUCAGCAUGUAUCCCGAUCUAGAGGAUAAUGAGAACGUGAAUGGUGAUGGAGAAAUGCAGCCACAUCAUCGGACCACAAGUCGUUUCACCAUGAUCAGUGGUUAUCAUCAUCAGCAGCAGCAGCAACAUCAUCCCUCAACGGCGGCGGCCACAUCGGCCUUGCCGGAAUCAAUACGUAUAGCUAAAAUUAAAAUUAAUCGAGAACGUAAACGUAUGUUACGUCUACGUAACAUUGGGGGUUAUAAUGCGUAACUAGAAAGGGUAUGAUGGGGAGGAGAAGGAGAAAACGAAAAAAAAGAGAGGGUUUAACUUUGCGGAAAUAAGUCUGGCAAUGCUGAGGGUUUUUUUGCUGAGAAAAGAGAGGGCAAAUGGCUCUCUUUAAGAUGGGCAAGUUGCACGGGGUAUACGCUUUCAGUAACUGAGAAAGGUGGAUGA